UACAACUCCAGUUUCAGUAUUACCGACAACGGAACAGCACGCGAUAUAGGCUGCGUUAAGUGGAAAAGCGCGAUUAUACGUAUCUGAAUUUGAUAAUAGAAAAAACACAUUAUCAAAUCGAUAAAGCGAGUUAUCCCUGUUCUGCAGUAUAUCGUUGUGUCUGUGAUACAGAAUAUUGUGUGUGUUUAACAUCGUCAUUUUCUCAUCUUCAGCAGGAAUAUGUCUACCAUUCUAAUGCAACAAAACACCCUGUACGAUUUCGGAGAUUCCUACAUCAAAAACAGCGUCGCAAGAUCGGAUCAGCACUUGUCAGUGGGUACAAAUGCAGUACGUCUCACCCUGUCGAGAAUGGCAUCCAAUCCUGGGACCCAAGAACUUGCAACUCUACUCGGAAGUCUGGCAACGCACCAUCAACACCGCCGUCUCGAAAGGACUCAGUCAGCGCCCGCACCUUCCGUUUCUCCGGCCAGCAUUGUUUCCGGCGCUUCCGUGAACAGCAAUACCUCUAGAUACAAGACGGAGCUGUGCAGACCUUUUGAAGAAUUCGGCGUAUGCAAAUACGGUGACAAAUGUCAGUUUGCACAUGGUAUUGGAGAAUUAAGAAGUCUGGCGCGCCAUCCGAAGUAUAAAACUGAGCUAUGUCGAACAUAUCAUACAGCUGGUUUUUGUCCAUAUGGUCCUAGAUGUCACUUUGUUCAUAACCAAGAAGAAGCGCUAAUGAACGCAAAAGGUAUGGUACCCGCCCUUUCACCACCUCUCAUGUUAUCCAGAAACAGCUUGACAUCAAAUAUCUCAAGGUCGAGGCCUGCUGCCCUGAGCCCCAGCCUGUCGUUAGACAGCCCCAGCCCCCCAUGCAGCCUUAGUCAAUCACCAACCUCCUCAAUGGGUUCGUUCUUCAGCAGCGAGCCAGAACUGCACUCUCCAAUAAACGAGGACAGACUGCCUGUUUUCAACAGAUUGUCCACAGCUCAGUUGUUGCAACUCUCUGAACUCAUGUUGUAAUGAAUGGUGAGAGUUACCUCAGCCUGAAGCCUUAAAACUCAAGACUCUUAUUUAAUUCAAAGCAGUGUCUUAUUUAUGUUUAAUCCCGUCAAGCAGACGGAGUGAUUUCAAUAUUGUGUGAUUUUAAAAUUAUAUUAUUUUUAUAAGGUGCGUUUCGGUUGAUGUAGAAGACUCGACUAUUUUUAAGCUUUCAUUUUCUUUGAAUUCAUUUGAAUCAUCUUUUAUUUAUUAACUUUGGCUUAUAUCACAAGGGAAGAUUUUCCUUUGUCAAAAUUUGAUCUUUAUUUUCUUUCUCCUCGAACAUCCUAUGUGAUUUUCGGAUUACUCUUGGACAGUUUAUUGUUGAGAAGUCAAUUUUGAUUUUAUAUAGUUCGUCAAGCUUUCUAUUGUCAGUCGAAGCAUCCCCCAGCUAGAGGUGAGUUUUUACGAAUGUUGGCAAUUUUCUUUAAUGAAUGUGCAAGUUAGGUUAGGUUUCAGUCAUCGGUCUCGAUUUCUGUAACAUUCCUCCGUGAUCGAAGAUUAAUUUAUUAUUUUUUUUAUUAAACUUUCUCAUGUUUCUUCAUUUUUCUUUUUUACUUGUGUGCCUUGUGACCGAUGAGAGAAUAUGAUUUUUUUGUUAUUUAAAACAUUAUUUAAUUUGUGUGUUUUCCUCAUUUGCAACAAGUUUAUGUUUGUAGUUAUUUUAUUAUUAUAAUUUAUAUGUAACUUAUUUAUGGCAAUAUGAGACGAUUGUGCUAGCCUUCAUUGGUAAGAGCAUAAGAUGCGUCCAGUGAAUUUUGUAUAGGGGCGCUAUACCUGCAUAUAUUAUUUAUAUUUAGCUGUGUAUCUAUAUUAAUAAAUUAUAUUUUGUUCUUAA